AUGGUGACUACAAAAUUUGAGGUUGCGUCGACAUUAGCUGAGCUUAGCCAAGAUACUGAAAACUUGUUUGAAGAGAAACCCACAAGUUUAACACCAGAAGAGGAAGAGAAAGAAGCUGAGCGUGAGGAUGUGGCUGUUUUGGCGUUGAUACGACUAAGCCAAACUCAUCCAAAACAACACAACAAGAGGAUGAAAGCUGAUGAAAGUCAGCUACAUAACAAGAGGAUGAAAGCUGAUGAAAUUCAGCCUCGAGAGGCGAUUAUUGCCGGGCAAGCUGUUAAAAGACAGCGGGAAAGGAGGAAGCAAGACAAUUCCGAAGAAACCCUAAGGAUAAUGGUCGAGUGGAACGAAAUUAAGCCGGAGAAGCCUCCCUUCGUCCGUGACCUCAACGCCGUGGGGGUUUGCAGCGAACCGGUAAGGAAACAGCUGACGAAGAGCGACGUGUUGAAUGAUCAGUGCAGGCUUAUGUUAGGGAAGAAGGAAGUGAAGAAGAUGAUGCUUCAUGUAUUGGGACAUUCAGGGCGAGUUGGGACUAACGGGAUUGAGGUUUUGGUGCAUGGACCAGACGGUGAGGUUCACACGAUGGUGUUCAAGAUGUGGGCGGACACUCCUGUGUUGGCAGGUGUCGGGUGGAAGAAAUUCGUGGGAGGUUAUGGGCUCGAGAUGAAUUCUGAUUUUCUCACUAUUUGGAUGUUUAAGCACAGUGAGACUCAGCAGAUUUGCUUUGCUAUUGAUGUCACUAGGUUUCCUGUUCAGUACCCGUUAAGUAGUACCAUCAAGGCUGCCUUGCAGAACUAA